ACCUUUGAAUUUAAAAUGGAGAGUUGAAACACUAAUCUUUGUUGUCUUCUUUUUAGUGCUCUUGAACAGUCCCUGCCAAUGACUAGAAGACCUCAGUGCAUCAGAUGGGACGACUACUUCAUGGGAACUGCUAUACUCGCUGGGAAAAGGCAGAAAGACUCAAACAGCAUGCUUCAGAUUGGUUCCUGUAUAGUCAGUCCUGAUGGUAAGAUAGUAGUUGGGGUUGGUCACCAUACUGUAAUUGAUGGAUUUGAUAGCAGUUGUCCUGACUACUGGUGUCAUGCCAUUUCCAAUGCCAUGGUAUGGGCAAACAGGCACAACCUUAAUGAUUGCAUUCUAUAUACAGUGACUUAUCCAUGCAACAAAUGUGCACAACUUAUUAUCCAGUCUCGUAUGAGUCAUGUCCAUUACAUGAACAAGUGGCAGUGCGAUGGCUCAGAGACCACUUACUCUCAAAAGCUAUUGAGUGAAGCUGGGAUAUCAUGCAGAGAGUAUCUUCCAAUGAAAGACAUUGAGAUAGAUUUUAGAAGAAUGGAUCCUGCUCUUUUUGAUGGGUCGAGUGCUUUAUCAAAACUCUAGUAACAGUAUUAAUUUUUAAUUCAAUUAUAUAUUUUUAAAUCCUGAUUGAUUUAUUUAUUUUACCAUUUUAUUAUAGCAGGACUAGAAAAUGUGGUGAGACUACCUUUUCAAUUUUAAGCUUUAAUUUAAUUGUAUCGAAAUAAUUUUUUAUGCAAUUGUACAUAUUUUUAAUUUAUUUCUGGUUUGGUAUAGUUUACAUUGCAAAAAUUUGCAU